AAUUCUGCAAGUGAUUCUAAUUUACUAUCGUUGUUCUCUUGCUGGUCUAAAACCGCUUUUGUCCUAAAAGUACGCUUUUUGGACGCCAUGGACGUUUCUCAGUUUCCAGGCAGAAAGAACAGUAAAAAUGCAGGCAGGGCACAGGACAAAGCACUAGGGACAAAAUGUAUGUGAAAUGGUUUGAUACAUGAAUGUCACUUUUUAAAUUUUUGAACUUCCCGCCUGUUCCGUCCCCCGUAUGUCCCGUACGUCCCGACACUCACAGGGAACGGAACCCGGAAGACGCAUGUUGGCAUCGGCCGGAGGAGAUGGCCGGAGACGCUGCAGGGGGGACGU